CUACCGCACAACUUUUAAAGUGAUCAGAGACUACUACAACAGUAGUCUCAGAAGGGAUGAAGAAGGACGUACAAUUUUUCGUAAGGAUUUAACCAUUAGCAAUGGGAGUGCUUGAGAUUCCUAGCGACGAAACUGCUUUAAGGCAAGAGGUUGAAACUUUCAUCGAUGACAACGGAAAAAUUGAUAUGCAAGCCAUGAAAGACAAAGGUUACAUGGAGGACCAGAUAUAUGACAUAAUGAAUGCAUAUUUUCUUGCUACAGCCAGGGUUUUAGCAGCUUACAGACGAGAUAGAAAGGCACAGGACACUAUGCUGAAGUUCUUACAUGACAAAGUCCAACUUCAAGAAGAAAAAAUCCUGUGUGCUGAUAAAUACAUGUCAUAUUUAUGUGAUGUUAAAUCAACGCAAGAGAUAAACAAUAAUCUUUACACUAAAGUAGAAGAUAAUGUAUCCAGAUGCAGCGAUAAGGAGGUUGUCUAUGACGAAAAUAGUACUGACGAGGGGAAACCUAUUCGUCACUCGCCAAGUGCUCCGGAAUUAUCACCUUCAAAGUAUUUUAACAGUUUCUCGGUCGAAUCAAAUGUGAAGGAGUCCAAAUCAUCCCACAAUAUAUGCCCAGAUACUAUUGAAAACACCAGUCCCAAUGAAAAGGAGGAAAGUGUUGAAAUUAUCCGGCGAGUACCAACUCCUUACCCCAACGUCCGCAAAUAUGGCCGCUUCCCUAAACCAAGUAGAAACUCUUCUUUUGUGACUGAACUAGUUAGCAAAAAGGGACAGUCAAAACAAGCACCACAGAGUAGAAAAACGGUUACGCACUGUAAUAAUACUGGACAAUUGAAAACAGUCAUCAAUAAGUUUGAAGAUGUUUUAGGGUUAUCAGCUAUUUUGAAAAACGAUGAUGUUUCUCUGCAGAGCGAUCUUGAAGAUGACAGGUCAGAAUAUACUUUGUCCAACGAGGAUGUUAUUACUCUGAAGAGUGAUCAUGUAACUGACCGAUCAAAAUACACUUUGUCCAACGAUGAUAUUACUCUGGAGAACGGUCAUGUAGAUGACAGGUCAAAAGACACUUUGUCCAACAAUGGUAUUACUCUGGAGAGUGGUCAUGUAACUGACCGGUCAAAAGACACUUUGUCCAACGAUGAUGUUACUCUGGAGAGCGGUCCUCUAGAUGACGGGUCAGGAAACCAUCUGUCCAUUGCACGUGAUGCUUCAUCAUCAGUGAGUAGUUGUUUUCAGGAUUAUGUCAAAGUUAAUGUUGACGAUACCAUAGGAAUGUCUCCACAUACAUCAAGCUCCGAUGCUGAUUCUCGCACCGAUUUUCAAUCCUUGUCGCAUUCAACUGUCAACUGUCAAAAAAGCCAAUCUCAAAAAACCAUUGUAUCGGAAUCGUCUUGUUUUUCUAGUGUUGUGGCCAGAUUACAGUCAUCAUCCUUGUCUGUUCAGGUAUCAAGUGACAGCUCCAACACUCACUCUCGCACUGAUUCUCAAACACUGUCAGAAUCAACUGUCGAUUAUCAAAGUAACCAAUCACAAACAACCAAUGUGCAUGAAUUGUCUUGUUUUUCUAGCACGGUAACCAGAUUAAAGUCUUCUUCAGUGUCUUACAAAUCAGCGCCUCCCAUGUUUACAUCAGAUAGAUCUUUACAGAGAUCGUUUUCUUCAGAGAGCCAUAAGAUGAGUCAUUUUUCGAUAGAAUGUGUCCGAAUACACCAAUCUAUGUCUUUGGCAGAUGGCAAGAUCAACCAAUCAGACGUAUCCAUAUUCUGCGGGAAUGAUGAAUUGCAAACCAAUAGCCAGUGUGACAUUUCUCAAACUUCGAACGUAGAAUCUAGAGCUUCAGAGAACAGUGAUGAGUCUUCAGACUAAUUAGUAUGGAUAUAAUUGUGUCCAUAUUUGAUAAACUGGUGUUUAUAUUGUUAUCAUGUAAUAUUUUGUCUAUUUAUGUUUUUAUAUAUAACCUGAUACUAGUAUGUUAUAGUAGUCACGAAUAUAACCGUACAAUUUGAUGUUUUU